AUGAGACGGAGCAAUGAAGUUUUACAUGAGGAGGUUAACCGUCUGUGUGAUGAGGUUGAUCGUCAUAAAGUAGAUCAGAAAGAUGAGCAGAAGGAAAGGAUCCUGUAUGAGAACUGGGAGCGUUCCAACCGACUAAGCCUAAUGAUUGUUAAGAGUAAAAUUGCAAAACACAUAAGGAAGUCAAUUCCUGACUCUGAUAGGGCUCGUGUGUUUUUGGCAUCAGUUGAGCAGCAAUUUCAGACAUCGGACAAAGCUUUGGCAGGUACUCUUAUGGCUACUUUGACAACUACAAAAUAUAAUGGAGUGUGUGGUGUUCGUGAACAUAUCAUGGAACUGAACAAUAUUGCUGAACAACUUAAGGGUAUGGAUAUAACUAUUUUUGAGUCCUUUUUGGUGCAAUUCAUCCUUAACUCUCUUCCUCCACAAUUUGGUCCUUUCAAGAUCAAUUAUAAUACACAAAAGGAUAAGUGGAAUGUUUCUCAACUUAUCUCUGUGUCAUGA